GUUUUGUCUGAAUUGUCCGCGCUCUAUUUCACGUAGAUCAUGAGCUAUCACUCGUGAUGGGUCUUGAGGAAAGCAAAAUUGGUCAAACAAACAAAGCUAACUGUAACACACCAAAUUUGUGUUUCUUUGCGCCUGUUUCACCUGGAAGAAUAAUCCAUCAAUGCACUCUGGAGUUAUGGAAAAAAUCUCACCGGGGUAACGUGAUACAUAUUUUACUCAUAAGGCAUGUUUAGAACUUUUCAACUUCUCAGACAAGGUGAUGGUGUGUACCUAUCAACUGCCUCAUGAUUGCACAUCGGCAUUUUGUCUCACUAGGCAAAAUAUUGUGAAUUUUCGAAAAUCGUGUUCUGUUUUCUCACUGAGAAAGCGAAGAGAAUAUACAAAAAUGGCUGAACAUUUCGAGUAUAAUCACAUACCUGCUCAUUUAUCUUCCAUACAGAAUUUACACUUCAAAUCGGUGUUAGACAUUCACAGUGGAUUGGCAGUUGUUCAUUUGGCACGAGAUAUGAUAACUCAGUUUGCAUUAGUUGACUUAAGGAUUAAUAAAUUCCUUGGUUCUUUUGGUCGGCAAACGGUUCUCUUUAGUCCUGAAUCAACCAUAGGAAAAAUAUCACCCGAUGGAACUUAUUGUCUAAUUAGACUCCCUUGGUCGAGAAAUAGGAGAGUUUAUAUACUCAAGCUGUACAACUUACGAAAUAGUGAACUUAUUUCUGAACUUCCAUUAGCUAAUUCUUCUAAUUACGAUGAAGUACCAUUAAACAGUUUCCGUCUGCCACUAGGCCCAUAUCAGGAAAAUAAUAGAGAGUCAAAUAUUCGGCCGUCGUACGAUAUUUUAUCAACGUCCAACUCAGUAACUGCAAACUUUAGAGGGAAUGUACAAAAUGAGAAUCAACUUCAACUAGGUCCAGCUCGUUCUUCUCAGGUGUUGUUUGCUUUUGAUCCACGAUUUGUAAAUUCACGCAUAGCAAUAACUAACGUGGACUUUCCACAUGGACCAAACUCUCACAAAGUGUCUUCCAACUGGGUCCCAGGAAUACAGGCUACUAUAAGUUUGGUAAAACUUCCAACGUGGGAGUGUUUAACAUCAACUAACAAACUUUGUUCUUGGUCUCCUUCAAAUCGUCACGGUUCACCUUUUAUAAACAAUGCUACGUGUAGAGAACCGACAAGACGAAGACGAUCAUCAGAUGCUAACCAUGUAGGUGGUUUACCCAGUCCGAACUCAUUCAGUCAUGUUUUUCCACAUAUUAUGAGCAUAUUUUAUUCAAGAGAUGGCUAUUUUUUAUUUACAAUCACCACAGAGUCUCGAACCUGUCGAUGUUCUGCCAUUGGUAAUAUUAACCAUUCUGUGAAUUCUUUAUUACCAGAUGUAUCUGGUUACUCAGAUGAUAUUUGCAACCCCUUAAGUUCAGGCCGACCAACAAACAACGGAACUGAAAGUGGUCGAACUCAGCAAAAGAACUUGGUUUCAACACAGUGUAUUGAAUCAAAUACACGUUACAAUCCAAAAAAUAAUAGUACAUCCCCAAUGUUGGCUCCCACACUGCCUGGUUGCACCACUUUGUGGCUUACUAUUUUCAAUUCUGAUACAUUAGAAAGGUUAAGAAUUUUGAGAUUUGAUCGAUCAGUAUGCCCAAUUCACACAUGUCCUACCAAUUACCUACCCGUAAUGAGCCGUUGUGGAUCAAGGAUAGCUUUAAUUACACGACAAGCAGUGGGAUAUUAUAAUAGUACUAGUAAUCAGAACGCCAGUAACAAUUCACGUGAAUACCUGUUUUCCAGCUGUAAGACGCUUCCUGUAUCUUUAAGGCACUCCGUUCCAUCUAUAAGUUUAGGAGGCUGUUCUAAUUCACAAUGCGUGAUUAAUAAAAGUGCUAGUCAAGAAACCAGCAAAGAAAACUCUACGAAACGCACUGAAUUCAAGAAGCAACAACCGUUUAUAUCUCCAACCUGCUUGCUUAUUCAACCAAGAAACCUUAAUUUGAGUCAUCAUCUAUCUACAUCAUUACCAUCUCCAUUGUCAAAAGUUCACUUGUCUUCCGGAAGUUCACCAUUUCGACAAAUGACUGGUUGUUCAAGUUUAGAGUUAAGUGUUUCUUCUUAUCGUCCAAUGGCUGUUUCCUUUGAAUCUUCUUUUAUUGGAACUCAGUGUAAUUCUUCAAGUAGUUGUACUGCCACAGUAUCCACACGUACCAGUAAUAGUAGUGGUGUUGUUGUUACUUCUGCUGGUACUUCAGUGGUAAAUUCAACGGUACAAAUUGAUGUGCUUCUUGUUUAUCAACUACCUCCGCCACCAAAACUACAAGCAUUAGUGAGACAACGAAUUCGUCAACUCUGCAAAGAUGAAUACCUUGAACAGUUAGAUCUUCCACGUAGAAUUAUUAGCUAUUUACAAUUUGAACCAUCGUACAAUUGUGCUGGCUCAUGUAUUUCUCGAUCGAACAGUUCUACCAGAACAGUACGAAGUGAUAGUUUUGACCUGUGAUACAGAUUUAUGCGCAUAUAUUUAUAUUUAUGUAUCUAAUUUAUUUCUUACUAUUUUGUUCAGUAUUUUUAUUUAUAAGUAACAUUUAAUUCCUAAUUGUCAUCUUUAAUUUACUGACAUUUGACAGCCUUUGAUCUUUAUUGUUAAAACUCUCAUUCUAUGUAUAUUGUGAAUUAUGUGUUGAUAUUUACAGAUUGAUAAUUUAUAUCCUGCAAUUUUAAUAGGUGAAAUUUAUUAAAUUCCAGUAUUGAUUUUCGUAAUUUGACUUAUCCAAUUUCUUGAUAUUCAUAUUUAUCCUUAGCAUUUAUCAAUGAAAAAGGUACACGGUUUUUGUAGGAUUGAUUUUUCCAUCAAUAAAUGGAUGGUGCUUUGAACUUAUUAAGAAUACAACAAGAGAGUAAAAAUUGUAUUAUUAUUAUUAUUAUUUAUAUGACUUGAAAGAAAGGAUCUUUAGUGUUUUAUACUAAGCUCCACGAAACAAUAAACUAAAGUUUUUCAUAAAGAAUUUGUAAUUUAACACUUUGACAUAAUAUAAUUAUUGGUUCUUCAUAUAUAUUCAUCUGUAUGUAUGCAACACAAUGAUACUGUGCUACAUCUUGUCAUAUAAUUCUUUAGUAUGAUUUCGUCACAUUUUGUGCUUUCCUUGUUGAUCUAAACAAAAGCUUAUGUUAUGCAAUAGCUUUGAAGAACUUCAGCAAAACAAUCUGAUGUAUAUCUAUCUAUUUACAUAUAUAUCUAUCUCUCUCUCCAUAUAUAUGUCAGGUUUACUUAUUUAUUUAUCUCUUUUAACUGGCUAAAUCUUAUUAUUCGUUUUUUCUUUCUUAUCAUUUCAUACUAGGCAUUGUUCUCUUAUUUAUACUAAACAUAAUCAAUUUCUCAUAAUGGUAACAAUUAAUUUAUUACUUUUCUUUUUAUGGUUAAAUAUUUGCUGCAAUUAUUGUAUAAACAUUGGUGUAACUGGUGAUGUUCAUCUUUCUUGAUUCCCUCUCUGUCUCAAUUUUUCUUGGCUCUUUCAUUUGAUGAUGAUUCCUUUGUUUUUUCACACACAUACAAAAAAAAGCAAAACUAAAUCUACAUUUCAUCUAAAUGUACAGAUAUAUACAAAUGUCAAAUUAAUGAUUUCCUUUUCAUUUAUUUUUCUAUUAUUUCAUAUUUAUGAACUUUGACAUUAAUUUUUUUAAAAUUAUUACUAUUAUUAUUAUUAUUAUUAU